AGAGAUGCUGCUUCAGGCGGUACAGAAUCGCAAUGUUCCGCUGGCUUCCUCCUCCGCCUCAUAUGCUCGCCUCCCUCGCCCCAAAUUACCACCCGUCGUAGUCUCCGUUGCUCCAAUGAAGAAGAAGACGGCGGCAAUAAUCGUGUGCUCCAUCUCCCAGGUGUAUGGCUACGGAACGGUGGACUACGAGAGAAGGCCGAUUAUCCAGUGGAAUGCAAUCUACAAGAAGAUAUCUCUGAUGGAGAAGCCGGAGCUGGGUGCGGCCUCCGUCUUGAAUCAGUGGGAGAAAGGAGGCCGUAAGCUUACCAAGUGGGAGCUCUGUCGGGUCGUCAAGGAGCUUCGCAAGUAUAAGCGUCCUAACCAAGCUCUUGAGGUGUACGACUGGAUGAACCAGCGAGGCGAAAGGUUUCGGUUGUCUGCAAGUGAUGCUGCCAUCCAGCUCGACCUCAUCGGCAAAGUCCGUGGUAUUUCAGACGCCCAAGACUUCUUCCUCACUCUCCCUGACAACUUUAAGGACCGCAGAGUCUAUGGCUCCCUCCUCAAUGCCUAUGUUCGGGCCAAGUCCAGAGACAAAGCUGAAGCCCUGAUCGACACUAUGAGGCAGAAAGGUUACGCCCUUCACCCUCUUCCCUUCAACGUUAUGAUGACUCUCUACAUGAACCUUAGGGAGUACGACAAAGUUGACGCUAUGGUCUUCGAGAUGAAGCAGAAAGAUAUUCGUCUCGACAUCUACUCCUACAACAUCUGGCUCUCCUCCUGCUCCUCCGUUGACCAAAUGGAGCUUGUCUAUCACCAGAUGAAAUCUGAUGCUUCCAUCAAUCCCAACUGGACCACUUUUAGCACCAUGGCCACCAUGUACAUUAAGAUGGGCGAAUCCCAGAAAGCUGAGGAUGCCCUGAGGAAGGUUGAGGCCAGGAUUACUGGCCGUAAUCGUAUCCCUUAUCACUACCUCUUGAGCUUGUACGGCAGCCUUGGUAACAAGAAAGAGCUGUUCCGGGUUUGGAAUGUCUACAAAUCUGUUGUACCCAGCAUUCCCAAUCUGGGAUACCAUGCUCUCGUCUCCUCCUUGGUGAGGAUGGGAGAUAUUGAAGGUGCCGAGAAGGUAUAUGAGGAGUGGCUUCCUGUCAAGUCUUCUUUUGACCCCAGGAUACCUAACCUUCUUAUGAAUGUGUACGUUAAAAACGACCAGCUGGACAAGGCUGAAGGGUUGUUCGACCACAUGAUUGAAAUGGGGGGAAAGCCGAGCCCAGGUACUUGGGAGAUUCUAGCCGAUGGUCAUACCAGAAAGAGGAGUAUCACACAGGCUUUGGCUUGUCUGAAACAAGCUUUUUCUGCGCAAGGGUCCAGCAAUUGGAGGCCCAAGGUGUUGGUGCUCUCAGGCUUCUUCAAGCUCUGUGAAGAGGAGUCGGAUGUUACUAGUAAAGAGACCGUUUUGGAAUUGUUGAGGCAAUCGGGGCACCUUCAAGACAAAUCUUACCAAGCUCUUAUUGAUGCUGCAGAAGAAAAUGAUGAGACCGCAACUGCAAGAUGAUUUGUAAUAAGAGUAAGAUAGAUUUAGAUCUGGCUGUAAAAGAGGAACCGGAAUCAAAAUGAGCCCCUAAAUUACAGUUAGUACUAAAACAUGAAUGAUUUGCUU